UUGGCUAUCGCCUCCCCCGAGAUACCCGAAUCCUAGCCGACACGCUGCCGUGGUAUCGGAAUUCUGCUUGCCUGUCGAUAGGUGUAAUCGAAGGCCCGCAUGAUCCCUUUGGCAUCCCCAUCUUCGUCCUCAACAAAACUCAACUCUCAGACGCCAAACAACUGUCCAUGCAAGUGCGAUCAACUAGCAUUCCUCGUCAGAACCGAGCUACAGCAAUCUGACCUGCUCAACCGUAUUUCCAGCUUCUACCACACCAGAACCUGGUUCAGUCUGCCACCGCCUCGCCAUCAAGAAAGCAAGCCGUACACUCAUCCCAAGCCUCGCUCCGCCAGAGCUCCAGCUCCACAAGCCCAGCGCACCGCCGACGGCGAACCUCUAGCCGCAGACCACUUACGAGCGCAGCGCAUCCAAGCCACCACAGCUUCAUCUCUGCCCAAGCUGCGAAACAGAAUCUACACUUUCACGCUCGGUGGUGAGAUGAACCCUGGUAGCGCAACUUUAGGCCAGUUCAAACCCCCCAUUCAGUCCUCCAGAGAUGCAGCGAGUCUUCGCACAGUCUCAGUGGCGACCAGCUGCUUCUUCACUAUGCGAGCGGCCUCGAACACGCUGCUGCAUGGGCUCUAGAAUGACUCCGGGCGGAUCGGUCAUAGGACCACGACGGUGUUGUCCAUUUGAAUGGUGUUGGUGGGAGUGUACGGACAACCUCCCCCCUGCGAAUUUUUAGGGUGGUGACUUACCUGACCAUGCAACGGACAGCGGGACGAGCGCUGAGAGUGUAGCUCAGGAGGGUAUGAGAACGACCCGAGAGGAUGGAAACGGCAGGUGGAGACGCGGGACUGACAACACAC